AUGCGCGCUACCGCUACAUGGCAGUCCUUGGGGUGGAAUACACGUCCAGAUGUACACAUCGAACUCGCCGGUCAGACGGAGCACUGCCCAAAUUCCUAUACAACCGGUGAUAUAAUUGAGGGGGCUGUCUCCAUCGGCGUUGACUGCGAGACCAGCGUUGAUGAGUUGGCUAUCAUAUUUGAAGGAUUUUCGGAAACGCAACAAUCGCAAGUCAUAGCACUUCCAAGUCAAGCAAAGGCCUGCCAUACCUUCCUUGAGCUUCACCAACCCAUUGGAGAUGCCGAUUAUCCGACCCGGCGUACGUUCCUGCCGGGCCGAAUAUACAGGUUUCCCUUCAUUUUUGUGGUCCCGGAGCGGCUGCCUUCUCCUACGUGUGGUCACGCCAAGUGCAAUAUCCACGUCGGGCGUGCUCACACGUUGCUACCCCCGAGUUUAGGAGAUCCCAUGCUUGCCAGCGAUGGCCGCUCUUUGCUUGAUGAUAUGUCGUCUGAACUGUGCCGCAUCUCUUAUCGGAUCCGAACUUCCCUGACGAGAAGAUGUCUGCGCGACAGAACGGCGAAGGAAACAUUGAGGGCAGUCGCGAAAAAAGUGCGAAUCAUUCCGGCGAUGGAAGAAGAGCCACUAUUGGCGGUACAUAAUGACGGGAACGAUUAUUGCAUGCAAAAUGUGAAGGAUAUCAAAACAGGCGUCGCCAGAACAAAGCGAGGUUCACUUGUGGUUAUCGCGUCCCAGCCAAGUCCCCUUCAACUGUGUCCACCGGGUUCUCAAUCCCCAUCGAAUGUCUGUACUACGGUGGCUACGGUUUAUCUGCGAUUUAACCCGGCCGGAGAUGAGCCGCCCCCCAAGUUAGGGUCCUUGAGCAGUAAGCUCAGCGUUUCCACGUUUUACGCGAUCACGCCGUGGGCCAACUUUCCAAGCCCGUCUUACGUCGACUCCCUCGGAAGGCACCACUACACCACAUCCGUUUCGCUAUCGUCACUAUGCGUUUCAUCAACCAAAUGGACGAAGCAUGGCGGUGUCCGAAUGCCGGGGAAGAGCGCGUUGGUGGACUUGAGUCGGACCGAACCAUUCCCUACGACCUCAGCUACAGAAGAUAGAGGCACGUACUACACAGCUGCGGUGAUUGUCCCCAUCACACUGCCGCGGACGAAAGCAUUUGUGCCCACCUUCCACUCAUGUCUGAUCGCACGGACAUAUGCGUUGGAUCUGAGCAUAUGUUACCACACACCGAACGCCAGUCUGUUGACUCCAUCCAUAUCUCUCCGCCUGCCAAUCCAGGUCACUUCAUUGCCGAGAUCGCAGCCUCUCACGCAGCCUCCGCUCUAUAGCGAGCUGCGUACGACCGAAAUCGCGAUGAGACAAGGCGAAAAUUAG